CGGCCGCGUACCGGGAGCCCGGCGGGGCGGCACGGCGGCCGCUCCGCCGCCUUCCCCGGCCGGGGAUGCAGCCCGGAGCCGCGGGCAACCGGGGAUCGGGACUGCGGGGCACGGCGGCCCGACACCCACCCGGGGCUGCGUGUCCCCGAAGGGAUUUGAAGCUGAGCCAAGCGAUGGAAAUGUCAUUGUCGCGGCACGGGAGCCCGGAGAAGUGAGCGGCCGGGACACUUCUGCUCCGCGGCUGGAGAGCCGGACGGUCCCGAAAAACCAGCACAGCCCUGGGCAGAGGGGGCAGCAAGCGGGGUUUGUCACAGACUGCAAGGGCACAGGACAACACCUGGGGGCCGGGAGCUGUCCCACCACCCACCUGGGGUUUGGGACAUCGGCCUUUCCACCGGACUCUGGCACCCCUCUGAGCCCGAUGAGGAGCCGGGGCUGUGUGUGAACCUAUGCAGACCAGGAAGAAAUACAUUUUCCUGACUUUCCUUGCCUCUUGGCUCCUGCUUUUCUUCUUUGGAGGAGACCAGCUGCGCCGUCUCUCUUUCUUUUCUGGGAGGAAAGCCGAAGCCCAGAGGAACUGGCCCCGCUGGACGGAUCGGUCCCUCCUCAGAAACUUUGCGGACCCCGAGGAGCUCCAGAGGGAUGGGGACCCCUCCCUGCUGUCCCCCCGGGAGCGGCGGGCGGCAUGGCUGAGCGUCUACAAGAGCAGCAGAUGCCGGAUGGAAACCUGCUUCGACUUCUCCAGGUGCGAGAGGAACGGCUUCAAGGUGUUCACCUACCCCCGGGAGAGGGACCAGCCCGCCUCAGAGAGCUACGGCAAAAUCCUCGCCUCCAUCGAGCGCUCCCGCUACUACACCCCAAAGCCCGAGGAAGCCUGCCUCUUCAUCCUCAGCAUCGACACGCUGGACCGCGACCACCUCUCGGCUCAGUACGUCCGUGAUGUCGAUGAGAAAAUCCGCGGCUUCCCGCUCUGGAAUGGCGGCCGGAACCACCUCAUCUUCAACCUCUACUCGGGCACCUGGCCCAACUACACCGGGGACCUGGGCUUCGACAUCGGCCAGGCCAUCCUGGCCAAGGCCAGCUUUGACACCGAGAGCUUCCGGCCCGGCUUUGACGUCUCCAUCCCCCUCUUCUCCAAGGACCACCCGCAGCGCGGCGGGGAGAGAGGGUGGUUGUAUCAGGACUCGGUCCCCCCGAAAAAGAAGUACUUGUUGGUGUUCAAGGGGAAGCGGUACCUGACCGGCAUCGGCUCCGGCACCCGGAACGCGCUGCACCACAUCCACAACGGGAAGGACAUCAUCUCCCUCACCACCUGCAAGCACGGCAAGGACUGGGAGAAGCACAAGGACAUGCGCUGCGAUAAGGAUAACGUCGACUACGAAAAGUUCGACUACCAGGAGCUGCUGCACAACUCCACCUUCUGCAUCGUGCCCCGGGGCAGGCGCUUGGGCUCCUUCCGCUUCCUGGAGGCUCUGCAGGCCGCCUGCAUCCCCGUGCUGCUGAGUGACGGCUGGGAGCUGCCCUUCGCCGAGGCCAUCGACUGGGGCAAAGCUGCUGUCGUGGGCAGUGAGAGGCUCCUGCUGCAGAUCCCUUCUGCCGUCCGCUGCAUCCACCCGGAGCGCGUGCUGGCUUUCCAGCAGCAGACCCAGUUCCUAUGGGAUGCAUACUUCUCCUCUGUGGACAAGAUCGUGCACACCACGCUGGAGAUCAUCAAGGACCGUCUGUCUCCGCACCGUUCCCGCUCCCGCUUCCUCUGGAACACGCUGCCCGGGGGGCUCCUGGUCCUGCCCGACUUCUCCACCCACCCCGGGGAUUUUCCCUUCUACUACCUGCAGCACGGCUCCAGCCCCUCCGAGAAGUUUACAGCCUUCAUCCGGGUGGUCUCACAAGCAGGUUCCCUCUCCCAGCCCAUCCUCAGGCUCAUCCAAGCCGUCUCUGGAUCUCAAUACUGUGCCCAGAUCCUGGUGCUGUGGAGCUGCGAGAAGCCACCACCACCGAGCGGGAAAUGGCCCCAGACCACCGUGCCUCUGACCAUCAUCCAGGGCAGGAGGAAGCCCAGCGACCGCUUCUUCCCCUACACGGCCAUCCAGACGGACGCAGUGCUGAGCCUGGAUGAGCACACCAGCCUCUCAACCAGCGAGGUGGACUUUGCCUUCGCGGUGUGGCGCAGCUUCCCCGAGCGCAUCGUGGGCUUCCCCGCCCUGAGCCACUUCUGGGACCCCGAGCAGGGGCGCUGGGGCUACACCUCCAAAUGGACCAACGAGCUCUCCAUCGUCCUCACCGCCGCCGCCUUCUACCACAGGUACUACCACAGCCUCUUCACCGAGUACCUGCCGGCGGGGCUGCGGGAGCUGGUGGACGGGCUGGCUGCCUGCGAGGACAUCCUGAUGAACGUCCUGGUGGCCGCCGUCACCAAGCUGCCCCCCGUCAAGGUCGCCCAGAGGAAGCAGCACAAGGACACGGUGCCCCAGCAGGUGAAGGGCACGGCGGGGGCGGUUGGCAGCCGGCGUUUCUCCCAGCGGCAGGACUGCCUCAACCAGCUGGUGGACUGGUUUGGCCACAUGCCCCUGGUGUCCUCCCAGCUGCGCCUCGACCCCGUCCUCUUCAAGGACCAGGUCUCCGUCCUGCGCAAGAAAUACCCACGCUUGGAGAAACCCUGAGGGCUGCCCGGCUGCUCUGGGUGCCCUGCUCCUGGUGCACGGAGCCCUCUGGGGGCAGGUGGUUGCUGCUGCUAACGGGGUUUUACUCGUUAUUGGGUUUUACCAGUGCAAUAAAGGAGGGUGGAGAGGCAGAGUCUGUGGCUGUAGAACGUGGGGAGCAUUGGGAGCACGGGGAGUGCUGGUGUUUGAGUGCACCAUUGCUUAUGCAUUUGGCACCUUGGGAAUAACCUGGGCAGCUCCUGGCUGCACAUACAGCUCCCCCAGCCCCGCGGGGAGGGCGAGUCCUUCACCUUCCUGAGGGCAAA